AAUAAUCGUCAAAUAAUAAUAAAUGAUAGACUUCAAUCAAAGUUAAAUGAAAUAACUAAACACUUGAAUGAGCAGCAAAUCAAAAUUUUAAAAGAAAUUUCAAUUCAAAUCAAUAAAAAAACAAUCCAAUCUGAUUACUUUUGGAAACAAAACCUCUUCGAACUAUUAUUUAACAUUCAGUUUUUGGAUCAAGAAAUCAAUGAUUUAGUAGAGUCAGUGCAGUUAGCUAAAUUAGGUAUCAUUUGCAAGAAUAUUAUCUCUCUAAAUGAAAUGGAAACAUUUGAAAAAAUAUUGACCGAUCAAAACAUUACAAUUAGUAGUCUUGACCAAAUUUAUGAAUAUCUCGGUUUAGAAGUUUUCCAUAAAAAUCAUUCAAUAAUAUUUGUUAUUAAAGUUCCAAAUUUUGAACCAUUUGAAUACGACUUCAUUAAUAUUGAGCUUCUCCCUAAAAAUAAUUCAAUAAUAACAUUUGAUUACAAAAGUGUUAUAACAAAUGGAACAAAAUCUUUUGUGUCACAAAUACCAUGUUAUACUAUUGAGAAAUACAAAAUUUGUAAUUCAAAAAAUCUGAAAGACAUAAGCGAAGAUAAAUGCAUUUCGAACGCAUUGAGAGGAACCCCAGCGCGAUGCAACUUCAAGGAGUACCAGGGAGGCACACAGAUUGACGUUGUCAACGAUUUUACGGUAAUAUUAAAGGAUGCAAAUUAUCCAACUUCUAUUAAAUCAGAGUGUAACAUCAAAGAACGCUCUGUUACGGGAACAUUAUUAGUAUCAUACGAAGGUUGUGAUAUUACCAUUAACAACACCAAGUUUAGUGGUAAAAGUCAUGUUGAACACCAUAAAAUUACAAUGAUUCCUAUGAUAGGAAUUUCAUUCAAACAAGAAUGGUUUUUCAAAGAGCAUAACAUUUCACAGAUUCAAAUCUCGAAUAUAAACCAUAUCGAGAAGAUAGAACAACAAUACACAAAACUCCAAUACUUUACCAUAGGAGGUUUUAUGCUAACAUUAUCAUGUAGCAUAAUAAUAGUAUUGUUGUGGUUGAUUACAAGAAAGACAAAAUCAGCAGCUACUGUAGAAAACAACCUUGAAUCCAAUGAUCCCGUUUCAGCAUCCAUAAGUCAACAUUCAAAUAAAGAUUCGGGCCGAAUCUUCUCUAAGGAUGGAGUAGUUACCAAACCAUUCACGCGGUUUCAGCUAGAAACCGCGAACAUCGAAUAAUCACAACGUCAGCAUGCGCCGUGUGCAGCGGCACAUCAUAUUACACUGUAACCAGAGGACGACGACGACGUCUGGAGUGACGACGUCUGGCGAGGAUUCCAGGAAAGUGGCGCAACAACAUAGUUUACGUAGUGUCUUUCAGAUUCAAUAAAGAGAGGGAAAUUAAUUAUUCCCGGUCAGUCUGUGUAGAGCCAUCAAA